AUGUCCUCCGUGACGGGUCUAAACACGAUGCACGGUCUUCCGGCAUCAACAACCUCGCAUCCACCCACCGACACUGACGCCGACGCCGACGCCGUACCGCGCAACCGCCAGCGAUCCAAAUCGUCGGUGCUGCGCUCGCUCAUGGGCGGCGGCCACAAGCGAAACAACUCGGACGGCUCGGGUCUGCCAUCCGCUCCUCUUAUCGCGCCGAUAGCCACAACGCCAGCCUUCCACAUGUCACAACAGAGCCUCGCCCCAAGCAGGCAAAGCGGCGUGUUCCACGUCGGCUUUGACGCGGCAGCGGCGGCGGCCAUGGAACCACAACGAUACGCUCACGCCCUCGGCGAGCUGCAGCAGAACAGACAAGAGCGGUCUCCCGAGAGACGAGGGCGCGAACGGGGCGGCCGGAGCGACCAGCCGCCGUCGUCGCCGACAAAGACCGGGUUUUCUACCAUCUCGCUGAGGGCCUUUGGAAGGGACAGAGACUCGAGCAAGCCGCCCAAGACCAGGGACAACUCGCCGACAAAGCCCAAGAAGGCCAAGUCGGCGACCAGCCUGGCGGCGCUGAUUCGCCCCAAGUCCAUGAAGAAUCUGAAACAGUUGCUAACGGACGAGGGCGACGCCCCUACCAAAGAGAAAGACAAGGAGAACAGGUCGCCACCCAAUUCGCUGGGGAGCGAUCAUUACACCAGCCUGGCUCCGCCUACCCCCAUCUUCGCCCAGUUCGCGUCCCAACAGCUCGGGCCGUCCUCGCCACGCCUUGAGUCGCCGGUUGAUAUGCCCAUCAGGGGUGCUGGGUAUUAUCCCCCCGCGGCCCGUUCCGGCGCGCCAACGCCAUCCCUACAGAAGAAGCCACGUCCAAAAUCAUUUCAGACCUACAUUAGUCGUAAAGAAGACGACACGAAGGGGUCAACCGGCUCGGGCGGGAGUGACAGCCGUGCAAAGCGGCUGACGUGGGGCAGAGGCAGCACGUCGUCAGAAGCCGCGCCACGGCCUACGGUUGGAUCUAGGAGCAACUCGUCGGCACCGGCAGCUACCACGCCAGCACCCGAGAUGCCCGCCAUCGACCCCAAAGACAUCCCGAAGCAUCUCGAGGCCAUGCUGGACCGCCGCAACAUCCCCGAAAACCAGCGGUAUAAGAUGCGAAACCUUAGCGAGACCAUCAAGAUGGAGUUCAUCCGGCAGGAUUGGGCAGAAAUGCAGGCCAAGAUGGACCGCCCGUCCUCCCACGACGGCAAGCCGCGAGCGGGAAGUGGGACCGGCCCGCCGGCCACAGGUCUCCCCGAGCAACAGCUGGACGAAAAUAACAGUGCAAGUCCCGCCAAGAAGGAGAAAAAGAAGCACGGCAGGGGUCUGAGCCUAACCAUCGUCCGGGGAACCGGUAACAAAUCCAAUCCGGCCUCGCCCGCCAAGAAGAAGGGCGACAGCACCCUCGGCCGGCACUUCCGAACCAAAUCGAGCGAGAGCCUCGUCAGCGAGCCGCCCUCGCCCUUCGCGUCCAGCUACGGCAGCAGCUUCCUGGCCAAGGUGAAGGGCCAGCAGCUCCCGGGCGACUUCGUGGCAUACCUGCAAAAGGUGCACCAGCCGGAGCUCGUCGAGGUCGGCAAGCUGCACAAGCUGCGCCUGCUGCUCCGCAACGAGACCGUCGCCUGGACCGAGGACUUUAUUCGCCAGGGCGGCAUGAAGGAAAUCGUCGAGCUGCUACACCGUAUCCUGGCUGUCGAGUGGAGAGAGGAGCAUGAGGAUGCGCUACUGCACGAGAACCUGCUGUGUCUCAAAGCGCUCUGUACCACCGACAUGGCCCUGCAGUACCUCCACUCCAUCCACGCCACCCUCUUCCCGGCCCUACUGCACAUGAUUUUCGACCCGGAGAAGAAGGGCCCCAGCGAGUUCACCACCCGUAACAUUAUCACCUCCCUGCUGCUGACCUACAUCGAAUGCGCCACACCGCAGGAGCGCGGCAUCCGCGCCCGGACCGUGCUCGGUUUCCUGCGCGACCCUGAGCCGAAGGAGGAGGACCGGCCCGUGGACUUCGUCCUGGAGAUGCGCCGCGAGCGGCCCUACCGCGUCUGGUGCAAGGAGGUCGUCAACGUGACCAAGGAGGUGUUCUGGAUCUUUUUGCACAACCUCAACAUCGUCGCCCUGCCGUCCGCCGACAGGAAGACCUCCUCGUCCUCAGCCAGAUCCACCUCCUCCGCCUCGGAUCAACAACCCCUCGACGAGCUCGCCUACCAGGCCCGGCACUUCCCGCAGGAGCGGCCGCCGGUGCCGGCGGCGCCCUACGUCGGCGGCGUGGAGUGGGACGCGACCAACUACCUGGCGUCGCACCUGGACCUGCUCAACGCGAUCCUGGCGUGCGCGGGGCCGACGCGGCACGAGCGCAACGCCCUGCGCGCCCAGCUGCGCAUCUCGGGCUGGGAGCGCUGCCUCGGCGGCAGCCUGCGCCUGUGCAAGGAGAAGUUCUACGGCGCCGUCCACGACGGCCUGCGCCGCUGGGUCGCCGCCGCCGCCGACGACGCCUGGGACGUCCGCGACGUCCGCUACGGGCCCCCGCCCGAGUCCAGGGCCAAGCGCGCCCGCCCCGCCAGCCCGGCCAAGAAGCUGGCCCCUGCUGCUGCUGCUGCUGGCGGUGGUGGUGGUGCGCCUGCGGCCGAGGCCCCGCCUAGGAUCGAGAUGCCCAGGCUUGACUUUGGGGGCGCCGUGGGCGUCGGCUCGGGCGCCGCGCGGUCCAAUGAGCCGUGGCUGAGCUGA